GCGCGUGCAGACCGGUGCGAGCGCUCGUGCGCAUUAAUCGAACUAAAGCUCGAACCGCAUCUGCUACAGUCCCGCACCACCACCACCACCACACCAGAGCUAUGGAAACCCUCCUGAACGCCUCGGCGACGCUCUACCGCCUCUCUCGCGUCUUUAACGGCAGCUCCAAGUGUCUGGACUUCACGAACGGCUCUCUGAUGGACCCGAACAGCACCGCGUGUGAUCCGCCCGCCGAUGAGCACAGAGGCGCCGCGACCCCGAUCAUCAUCGCCAUCAUCAUCACCGCUCUGUACUCGAUUGUGUGUGUGGUGGGACUGGUGGGAAACGUGCUCGUCAUGUAUGUCAUCAUCAGAUACACCAAAAUGAAGACCGCAACCAACAUCUACAUCUUCAACCUUGCCUUCGCAGACGCCCUGGCUACGAGUACCCUACCGUUCCAGAGCGUGAACUAUCUCAUGGGCACCUGGCCGUUUGGGGACGUCCUGUGUAAGAUCAUCAUGUCGAUUGACUACUACAACAUGUUUACCAGCAUCUUCACGCUGACCACCAUGAGCGUGGAUCGUUAUAUCGCCGUUUGCCACCCUGUGAAGGCGCUGGACUUCAGAACUCCUUACAAUGCCAAAAUCGUCAACGUCUGCAACUGGAUCCUGUCGUCUGCCAUCGGACUACCAGUCAUGGUCAUGGCUUCCACAACCACCACCAUGCUCGACUACAACAGAGACCUCCACGUGUUCGGUAUCGUCGACUGCACUCUGAUAUUCCCACACCCAUCCUGGUACUGGGAGAACCUGCUGAAGAUCUGUGUCUUCAUUUUUGCCUUUAUAAUGCCCGUCCUAAUAAUCACUGUGUGCUACGGCCUGAUGAUCCUGCGUCUGAAGAGCGUCCGCAUGCUGUCCGGCUCCAAGGAGAAGGACCGUAACCUCAGGCGCAUCACACGCAUGGUGCUGGUGGUGGUGGCCGUCUUCAUCGUCUGCUGGACCCCUAUCCACAUAUUUGUGAUUAUCAAGGCCCUGGUGACCAUCCCUAACUCUGCUUUCCAGACCAUCACCUGGCACUUCUGCAUCGCACUGGGCUACACCAACAGCUGCCUCAAUCCAGUCCUCUACGCCUUCCUGGACGAGAACUUCAAGCGCUGCUUCCAUGAGUUCUGCGUGCCCAGUCCGUCCGUGCUGGACCUGCAAAACUCCAUACGUUCCACUCGCACCCGGAACCCCCAGCGAGAGGCUCAGUCCAGUCCAACGGCAGACCAGACCAACGGGAAGUUAUGACUAGCGGUGGAGAUGUCGUCGCUGGAUUCACGCUCACAGCCCAGUGUUGACAUCAACUCAGAACUCACGCAAGUCACUACCGGUCUGUAAGAACUGUGCAAAUGGAGGUGGCAGCCGAUUCUAGAGCCCUUUCAUUAGCUGUAUUAUAUAUGCUAACAACAAAGAGCGUACAAACGGCAACACAAAUCCAAAGUAACGCAACUGUGUGCCCUGUUUAUUCUUGUCUAAUGUUAAUGUGGCAGUAGUAUCAUGAGGCCAGCCACCUUUCA